AUGCCUUCUGUGUACGUGUCUGGUUAUACUGAUGCAGGAGGACAAGGCAUCUACUUGUACGAUUUUGACAAUGCGAGUGGCAACUUGACCGGUGGACGACUUGUGGCCAAGACACAACAACCAUCCUACUUCGUGAUCAAUGAAGCAACUGAGUCUCUGUACGCGUUACUUGAAGUGACCGAAUACAACAAUAUGAGCAAUACUGGAGCAGUGCAAGCAUUUCAUCGAGAUCCCAAAGACGGGUCAUUGACAGCUCUUAACACUGUGGCGACUGAAGGUGGUGCACCAUGUCAUGGCGUUAGUGAUCGUAACAAGUACCUUCAUGUGGCCAAUUAUAUGGGUGGUUCGGUGUCAUCAUUUGCCAUUGAAGAUCAAGGACGUAUCAGCCCGCUCGUGUCACUUUACAAGCACAAUGAUUCUGCCAGUGGUGGUGUACCUGAUCGUCAAGAAGCUCCACAUGCACACUCCAUUGAUAUGAUUGAUCCCGAUUGGGCUAUCUCUUGUGACCUGGGUACUGACUUGGCCGUUGUUUACAAGCACACCAACAAGGAUAAUGCUAUCCUCGAACGAUGCAGUGAAUUUCAAUUCCCCAAAGGUGCUGGACCUCGUCACGUCGCUAUCACAAAGGAUCAACAGCGUGUUUACGUGCUCACAGAGUUGUCAGUCGAAGUCUAUGCACUGGAAUUCAAGGAUGGUGUAUUAUCCAAGAUCGAUCAUCAGUCGGCUCGUCCAGAAGGAAACAUGGAUUUCGCAACCGGUGCUGAAAUUGCUCUCACCCCUGAUAAUCGAUUUUUAUAUGCAUCGUUACGUGAGAUCGAUCAAAUUGUCAUGUACAAGGUUGAUUCUGCCUCUGGUAAACUUACUCUUAUUGGACACGUGCCAUGCGGUGGUGUCCAUCCAAGGCAAUUUGUCAUUGAUCCUUCAGGCCAAUACCUUCUCUUGGGUAACAUGAAUUCCAAUACCAUUGUGGUCUUUUCGAUUGAUCAAACAACGGGUCAUCUCUCAGCUCUCCACACCAUUGAUCAUCCACAACCCACUUGUAUCCAAUUCUGGAAAUAG